AAGAAAUUCGUAAUUUAUAAACAAAGUUACAAUAGAAUAUUUUUAUUUAUUUAUCGAUAUUUCGAUAUUUGAUAUAAAAAACAAUAUUACUACAAAAGUAAAAUGUGCGAUUUCGUAGGUGAUGCAUAUUCGUGUCAAGAAAAUCCAAUUCUUGAUUCUCAAAAUUAUUAUUCUACUAUUAUAAUCGUGUCAAACACUGAAUAUUUUUAAAAUCUGAUCGGAACUUGUGAAUCUUAUUCGUAUUUAUAAACAAAGUUUAAAGUUGAUAAACAAACUUCAGUGCGCCAAAAUAGGUUAACCGGCAAAGAAUAAAUAUUCACACACUAGAAGUAGGAACAAUAUCAAAUAUUAUUGUUCACUUAUUAAUUCAUUCAUCUUCUAUAAAUUAUUGUCUUCAUAUAACUUUGCAUAAAUAUUAGGAGAAUAAUGCGCGUUUAAAAAAAUACAUUCUUAUAUGUACUUAUUCAUAUAAUUACAUGAAUACAUACUUAUUUAUGCGUUUAUACUCUUGUAUGUCAAUAUUUACAUAAAAAUAAAUAUGAAUAACAUUUUUGAGAAUGUUCAAAUAUCUAAACUUUUGGAUGAUGGAAACAUAUCUUGUUUAUUUCAAAAGAGGGUUCAAGUCUGUCUUAACUACGGGACUCAGGAUUUGAAGAUAAUCCUUUCAUCAGAAAAAAAAUCGGAAUGCAAUGGACAAUCUCUGCUUGAAAUUCCCAUCAAUAAAGAAACUGAAUGUUCAAAAGUUUCUAAAAGAAGUUAUAUUAUUACAGUUGAUACAGAUAGUUACAUUUUAUCUUUUAGUAAUUUACAAGAUUUUCAACGGUUUUAUAGUCAUUGGACAGAUUUGAAAAAUAGAGAAUUUUCAUCUGUUUUUAAUGAGCGCACAGAAGAAUCUUCAGCGAUGCAAUACUUCCAAUUUUAUGGCUAUCUUUCACAGCAACAAAAUAUGAUGCAAGAUUUUAUUAGAACCAGUACAUAUCAACGAGCCAUUCUUGGAAAUACAUCUGACUUUAAAGAUAAGGUAGUUUUGGAUGUUGGUGCUGGUUCUGGGAUUUUAUCUUUUUUCGCUGCUCAAGCUGGGGCAAAAAUUGUUUAUGCUGUGGAAGCAAGCAAUAUGGCUAAUCAUGCAAAAACCCUCGUUGAUGCUAAUAACUUAUCAGAUAAAAUAAUUAUUAUUGCUGGAAAAAUUGAAGAAAUUGUCAUACCUGAAAAAGUUGAUUGUAUUGUAAGUGAGCCUAUGGGAUACAUGUUAUACAAUGAAAGAAUGUUGGAAACUUACUUACACGCUAAAAAGUGGCUAGCUCCAGGAGGUAGAAUGUUUCCUUCUCGUGGUGAUCUUCACAUUGCGCCAUUUUCAGAUGAAAGUUUGUACAUGGAACAGUUUAAUAAAGCUAACUUUUGGUAUCAAACUUGUUUUCAUGGAAUUGAUUUAUCCGCUUUAAGAGGUCAAGCUAUAAAAGAGUACUUCAGGCAGCCUAUAGUUGAUACUUUUGACAUUCGAAUUUGUAUGGCAAAAUCGGUUAGACAUGUAGUGGAUUUUCAAACAGCUAAUGAAACUGAUCUUCAUAACAUUGAGAUCAAUGUUGAUUUUCAUAUCCUCGAAAGUGGAACUUGUCACGGUCUUGCAUUCUGGUUUGAUGUGGCAUUUAUUGGAUCUAUGCAACAAGUAUGGUUGAGUACUGCUCCAACAGAGCCGUUAACUCACUGGUAUCAAGUAAGGUGCUUACUUGAAAAUCCUCUAUUUUGUAAAAGUGGACAAUUACUUUCUGGAAUAGUAAAUUUAACAGCUAAUAAGAGACAAUCUUAUGAUGUAACAAUUGAAUUGAUGUUAGAAGGAACUAAUAUGGGAAGUAGUAAAAAUACAUUGGAUUUAAAAAAUCCAUACUUUCGAUACACUGGAACAGCCGCUCAACCUCCUCCAGGAUUAAAUAGUUCAUCUCCAAGUGAACUGUAUUGGAACACUAUUGAUGCCCAAGGUGCAAGACAGGCUGUGAAUAUGGUGAGCGGGAUGUCAGUCAAUGGUCUUGGACAAGUAUCAAUAGAUACAAUGAAUAAUACAAAUUCAAACAACUUAUCUCCUCAAGCUCAACCAAAUAUUCACCCUGGAUCAAUUUCAAGUACGGGUCGAACUAGGGUUGCAGUGUCCGCUACAAGUACCCAAGCAGCUCAACUUAUCGGUGGAGGAAUAACUCCUAACAUGUUUUCAAUGUCAACCAUGGGUUAACAUGAAGUAAACGUAAGGAGACACUGAGCCAUAGAAAAUAGUUUGCUAAACAAUUCCAGAAAUUUUUUUAUAAUAAAUAAAUUGAAGAUAAA